GGCCAACACGGAACGGGUGACGACGCCGUGCUAAGCAGUUAGCCAGCUGGCUACCGCUAUCUAGCGUAUGCGCGGUGGAGGUGAUUUAUGUAUGAUAUAGAGGAAUACUGCUGAACAGAGUUCGUCGGUUAGCCACGCAAAAUAUUUAAUUAUGCCUAGCAAAAAGAAGAAAUACAACGCCAGGUUCCCUCCGGCUAGGAUUAAGAAGAUAAUGCAGACAGACGAAGAAAUAGGCAAAGUGGCCGCAGCAGUACCUGUUAUUAUUUCGAGAGCGCUGGAGCUUUUUUUGGAAUCGUUGCUUACAAAGGCCUGUCAAGUCACCCAGUCCAGGAAUGCGAAGACAAUGACAACGUCACAUCUAAAGCAGUGCAUUGAGCUGGAGCAACAGUUUGAUUUCUUAAAAGAUCUGGUGGCAGCUGUGCCGGACAUGCAGGGUGAGGGCGAAGAGAAUCACGCGGAGGGGGGUGGAGAAAAAGUCCCUCGCAGGGGUCGAAAACCAGGAUCUGGACGCAAGAAUGGUGGUGCCGGCUCCAAAAGCAAGGACAAGAAAUUGUCUGGCACAGAGUCCGAGCAAGAGGAUGAUUCUGAAGACAGUGAGACAGAUGGCGACGAGGAGGACGGAUCUCAGUCAAGCACAAAUCAGCAGGCAACAGCCAGGUUUCACAGCUCAAACGCACCCCAACAGUACAUCCCACUUGCUAUAGCGCAUCCUAUGGACUUCACCACCCACCCUGAGGACGAAGACUAUGAUUCUUAGCUUCUGCCUUCCCUCUUUCCUCUCCAACCACACACUCACACUCUCUCAGACACACACACACACACACACACACACACAAACACACACACAGUCUCUUCCACCGUUAUUUUUGAUUUCUUAAGUUGUUGUCGCAGCAGCUGCUCCAAACUAAAGAUGGAGGUAGUCUUCACUGCAGCCAGUUGAAAGAGACACAAGUGCAGGAGAUAGUGAGUGGUUGUAUAUUGUGUUUUAAUUUUUCAUUUUUAAAAAGCUUUUAUUUUAUUGUAGCAAAGAAUCCACCGAGGAUGUUUUUUAACAAGUCAGUUGUUCUAUUUUGAAUAUUAAAAACAGCAGUCGUCACAGUUUUUGCCCUGAGCCUCUGCAGACAGGAUAGGUGUUGUAUUUCAUUUUCCCCUUGUAGCUUUUUCUUUUGGCACUUUGUUUUGUCCUCAAUCUUAGGUAGUAGACUUUAUAAAGAAAACAUAUCAGUCAUUGUUGCUCACACCCUCAGGUUGGCUGGAAAUCCUGUAAGUGGUAGUUUAAGCCUUAACACAGUCUUUGACUUUCACACAGAGGCAACAGUUUGUAGGUAUCUGGAAGGCGAUCAGAGCAUGUCUAAGGGAAAAGGAGGUCAUGGAGUAUUACUACUGCUACUUCCCUCACAGUCCACUUGUCAGGCUGUAUUAUAAACAGGAGAGCAGGUGUAUUUUUAUUAUAGGUUGGCUAACUACUGUUUUUUCCCCUCUAUUUUUAAAUCAUGAUUUUUAUCAAGAAAACUGUAAACCUCCAAGACAAUGAGUCCUAAACACAGUUUAAUGAACCCAGCAGUUUAAUUAUUGAAAUUUUUGUUGUGUUCCUUAUUUCACGAGGUCAUCUUUCCUGAAAUCUAAGCCUCCCACCAUAUUUUUAGGAUUAAUAAAAUCCCUUGAAAUUCCCAUGAGAAGCAUAAUGUGACUCUCUGACCAUGACUUUUGUUUUUAAAGUUGUCUCUUUUGUCCUCCCUAUUUUUAUUUCUUGCUAUUCUGACCACCCCUCAGCCUUUGAGUAACUUUUUUUUCCAUCACCCUCCCUACAAUCCUUUUUAGAGUGUUCUUGUUGUAUCCAUUGAAAGCAGAGAUGGGGCUCUCAUUCACGUGUCCAUCUCAGUAUGAAGUGUUUUCAAACAGGCAGUUGACACUGUAUUGUAAACUUUUAACGUUCAUUUUAUUUUGUAUGGGUGAAAUAAAAUUCGUAUUUCCAUUUAA